AUGUCCGGAGACACAUUUCUUACAGAGUUAGGUUAUAAACUAGGGAAAACAAUCGGUGAAGGCAGUUAUUCUAAAGUGAAAGUAGGGAGUUCCAAGAAAUACAGGGAGAAUGUUGCCAUAAAGGUAGUAGACAGGAAGAAGGCUCCACCAGACUUUGUCAAUAAGUUUCUGCCAAGGGAGUUGGCCAUCUUGAGAGGAAUCAAACACCCUCACAUUGUUCAGGUGUAUGAAUUCAUUGAGGUUUGCAAUGGGAAGCUUUACAUUGUUAUGGAACAGGCAGCAACAGAUCUUCUUCAGUUGAUACAGCACAGAGGCCACAUCCCAUGCAAUGAAGCCCGUCAUUUCUUUUCCCAGAUUGCCUGCGCUGUCAAAUACCUUCACGAGCACGACAUUGUUCACCGAGACCUCAAAUGUGAAAACAUCCUGUUGACCGAAGAAAUGCAGGUAAAGAUCACCGACUUUGGAUUUGGCAAGAAGAUUCAUGGCUAUCCUGACCUCAGCAGCACCUACUGCGGUUCUGCUGCCUAUGCCCCUCCUGAAGUCCUCAUGGGGGUCCCCUAUGACCCCAAAAAGUAUGACAUUUGGAGCCUGGGCAUCAUUCUUUAUGUGAUAGUGACCGGGUGCAUGCCUUUUGAUGAUUCGAAUAUCAGCAAGUUACCCAAGAGCCAGCAGAAAGGAGUGGUCUACCCAGAUAGCAUCCAACUGGAGGACAAAUGCCAAACUCUGAUUAGGGAGCUGUUACAGUUUUGCCCUUCAGGACGACCAGCUGCCAACCAGAUUGUCAAGCACAUAUGGCUUAGAGACAACAAAUGGCCGUGUAACAUGUCGGGGAGCAAACUACUAGCACAGUUAGGUUAUAAACUGGGAAAAACUAUAGGAGAAGGCAGCUACUCCAAGGUUAAAGAGGCCAUUUCAAAAAAGUACAACAAAAAUGUUGCAAUCAAAGUGGUCGAUAGGAAAAAAGUUCCAAAGGAUUUUGCCAGUAAGUUCUUGCCGAGGGAGUUGGCCAUUUUGAGAGGGAUCAAGCAUCCUCAUAUUGUCCAUGUCUAUGAGUUUAUUGAAGUUCGCAAUGGGAAAGUCUACAUUGUCAUGGAGCUGGUCUCUACAAAUCUUCUACAGUUGAUCCAACAAAGAACCUGUGUCUCAUGCCAGGAAGCCAAGUGCUUGUUUUCUCAAAUUACCAAAGCCAUCAAGUAUCUUCACGAGCGUGACAUUGUCCAUCGGGAUCUCAAGUGUGAGAACAUCCUACUGACAGAGCAGAUGCAGGUGAAGCUGGCAGAUUUCGGAUUUGGGAGGAAGAGCCGAGGCUAUCCAGAGCUCAGUACUACCUACUGUGGCUCUGCAGCCUACUCUCCUCCUGAGGUCCUCUUGGGGGUCCCUUACGAUCCCAAAAAGUAUGAUAUCUGGAGCAUGGGAGUCAUCCUGUAUGUGAUAGUUACCGGGUAUAUGCCAUUCAAUGACUCCAGCAUCAGCAAGUUACCAGAGAAACAGCUUAUGGGUGUGAUUUAUCCAGAAGAGAUUAUGCUAGAGGAGAAGUGCCAGUCUUUGAUAGAGAAAUUGUUAACUUUCAGUCCACCGAUGCGUCCAACGGCUAACCAAGUUACAAGACAUGCAUGGUUUAGAGAACGCAAAUAA